AUGUCGCUCAUUUCGAUCUCGAAAAAAAUCGCGAAAAAAUCGUCGAUUUUUUAUUCGCACUUUUUCGAAAAUCACAAUAAUGAAACUGAAACUGAGGGCAAUGUUGAACAAGCUGUUGAUGAUGAAGAGGUAGAAUAUCAAGCUGUAAAUGAUGAAACAACACAGAGCUCUUUUGAUUUUUUGAACAAGGAGGAGAAUGUGUCUCUAUCUGAGCAAGGAGUUGAACAAACGCCAUGCAUUAUCAACGAGGAGCAAUCACACGAAGAAGAAAAAUCUUCGUUUGAUUUUAUGAAAGCAGCAGAUACCAACGAAGAUGAGCAUGAUGCUUCACAAGAAUAUCAAAGCAUGGCUGAGAAUGGAGAGAACGAGAAAUCAAGUUUUGACUUUAUCCAAUAA